AUGUUGUAUAGUGACGUUGGCGGUUGCAGGAGAGGGCGCCGCUGCUGGGCGUGCUGGGGCCGGGCGCCAGCGCCGCCGGAGAGGGCGCCGCUGCUGGGCGUGCUGGGGCCGGGCGCCAGCGCCGCCGCCGUGCAGGUGCAGAACCUGCUGCAGCUCUUCUCCAUCCCGCAAGUGUCGUAUUCAGCGACGUCGCGCGAGCUGUCUGAUCGCGCGCGCUUCGCGACGUUCUUCCGCGUGGUGCCGUCCGACCGGCACCAGGCGCGCCUGCUGGUGGCGCUGCUGCGCGCGCACAACUGGACCUACGUGCACGCCGUGCACACCGACGGUGCGUAUCGCUCGCUUCCUGGCGCUGAUGCCCCUUUAAGUUAUAAAGAUAGAACAGACCGACCUCAGGAUGUAAACCUUCCUCUGAUGCUGCGGGGUGACAAGCUGGUUUCCCCCGAGAAGGCUGGAUGCUGA